GGCAAGGGAGAGAGGCGCACCAUCUCACGUGAGCGUCUCGCACGCCAGAUCGGACAUUGGUACUCCGGUGCUCUGGGUACUUAGACCUGGAACCGCGGCUCCUCUGAUCAGUCGCCAGCAAGUCGGCACGCGAAAAAGGCAUCUUCCGAGUGCACACACAUACCUACCGAUCGAUGCUUCAUUGCUGAUGUGUUGGGUGCGAUCGGCCGCCACGACUUUUGUGAUGGUUCUGUGUUGAUUGUGGACGUUUAUUCAUUAUUAUUAUUAUUAUUGCCAUUUUUGAACGUCAUGACCAAUGUCAACAGGAUUCGGGUUGUCGUGCUGGGCAGCUCGCGCGUCGGGAAAUCAGCUGUAACCGUGAGGUAUCUCACCAAAAGAUACAUAGGAGAAUACAGUUCAACUAGUGAUUUUUUGUACCGUCACAACGUGACCUUCGACAACGUGACGACCGAAGUGGAGAUUCUGGACACGUCGAAAUGUGCGAAAAACGGCUGCCUGUACGAGCACAUCCGAUGGGGCGAAGCCUUCGUAAUUGUCUACUCCGUCGUGGACAGGCACAGCUUCCAUGAGGCCCAAGAGAUUUUAGGUCAACUAGUCAAAUUGAAAUUACCAUCCUACUACACCAGUCUACUUCUAGGCAACAAAAGAGACUUGGACCAUUCAAGACAAAUCUGCGUGGACGACGGGCAGGAGCUGUCCCUGCAGUACAGCUGUCAGUUCUACGAGGUGAGCGCGGCCGAAAACUUCGCCGGGGUUUCCCUCGCCUUCCAGUCGCUGCUGCGGGAGGCCAGGUCGGUCCAGCUGCUCAAGGCGUUGCCCAUCAGACGGAAGCUGGGCGUCAACAGUGUGUCGAAAGUUUUAGGCAACAUCUUCGGCAAGAACUCGAAGGGCGACCGGAAGAAACGGCCCUCGUUAAGCAUUUAAUUUAAUGUGUAUUAUAAUUUAAAUGUUCCUUAAUUUAUUAGCUGAUUGGUCGCAAUGUUUUUUGAGGUUUUAUUGAUGUUGAUGUUUUCUUAGCCAUUGAAAAGACUGAAAUUUAUUUUUCACAUUUAUAGUAAUUUUUAUAACGAAAUUAUGUAAAUAAUAAGUAGCAGAAAAGCAAUUUUGAUACUAUGUAUUGUCUGAAUUAUUUAUUACAUGCUCUAACACUGCCAUCUGUGAGAUAAUAGCUGAUACAAUCAAUUAAAUGUUUCUAUAAUGAUUUCAUCUUACAAUUAUCGAAACUACACUUGAAUUUCUUCACUGACUGACUCAAAUGUAGUUAAAAGACCUUUCGAAAUGUGUAACUAAAUAAUGUUUACCUAUUAUAUUUUUAAUUUAACUUAUUUUGAAAUACACUUAUUUGUUUUUCUUCUAUAAAUGGUCAGCAAUUAAAAAAUACAUUCAAAUAGAAAAUCCCCGAGGCGAAAUUAAAACAUGAAUACAACAUAGAAAUUUAAUUGUGAUAAUGUGUUUUUCAGCACUAUAUUUGUGAAAAUAAAAAUGAAUUUGUUACAAAAUAGCAUAAAUCCAUUUAAUUUUUAUAUUAUUGUAAAUAGUAAUA